AGUCAAACCUCCUUCUCUUCCCCUUAUGCUUGCUCUGACUCUCUCUCCCUCUUUCCCUUUCCGACCCACCAGCAAAAAAGUUUUCCAAGUUUCAAACUUUCAUCCACAUUGCUCGACCGAUUCUCUUCCCCCUCUCGCUCUCUCUCUCUCUCUCUCUCUCUCUCUUUCUUACAAUUUCACGAUCGAUUCUGUCCGCAAACGUCCGCUAAGGUUGGCCUUCUUUAAGGAUAUUGGGUCGGUUCGUGAUCUUUUCGUGAGGUUUUUGAUAGGGUCUUGACGAGUCAAUCUCGUCGGAAUUGGACCCGGAAGUUGGUUCGUGCCAUUUCGUUGCUCUGUUACCUACCUCGACGCGGUUUGUCCCGAUUACUUUCGAUCUGAAUCCGCUCCGUGGUGGGUGGUUUCCAGUUUGGUGAUCGGGCUUCUCGGGUGUGCGAAAGUCUAGUGAAAUCAUCGGAUUCGGUUUCUUGCGAUCUUGGCGAUCCGGUUUGAUCGGAGAGCUCGUCCUGUUUCCGGUGCUUUGGAGUCAGCUUCCUCCUCUGCUUCCGAAUAUUGACUUCUCGAGAAUACAGCUGACUUCUCAUAUUCAGAGUCCGAUCUUCGGAGCUCGGCGCGUUCGAUAGGGAAUUGGCUGGCUUCAGGUUCCUGGGGUCUGUGCUUUGGAUGUUAAGGUCGUAGAGAGUGAAUCGACGAUGGAUGGUUCGCAAGGAAAAUCGAAUGCUCCGGCUCCGUUCCUGGUCAAGACCUAUGAGAUGGUCGAUGAUCCUCAGACGGACUUCCUGGUGUCCUGGAGCGAGAACGGAAGCAGCUUCGUGGUGUGGAGCCCGCCUGAAUUCUCCGGGGAACUGCUCCCUAAAUACUUCAAGCACAACAACUUCUCGAGUUUCGUGAGGCAGCUCAAUACUUACGGCUUUAGAAAGAUAGAUCCCGAUCAGUGGGAGUUUGCAAAUGAAGAAUUCAUAAGAGGGGAGAAACACCUUUUGAAUAACAUCUACCGACGCAAACCAAUCCAUAGCCAUUCAGGGCAGGGUGCUCGGUUAUCUGAUACGGAGAAACAGAUGUACGAGGAGGAAAUCAAGAGACUGCGACACGAGAAGAGCUCACUUCAGUCGGAGCUUCAAAGAUAUCAGGGACAUAAUCCGGAUGUUGAUUUCCAGAUACAGUUACUACGUAAGCAAUUCCAAAAUAUGGAACAAAAACAGACGCGCUUGAUCGCCGUCUUAGCUCAAUUAAUGCAGAAGCCGGUAUUUGCUUCUCUUUUUACGCAGCAGUCGGAUAGCCCUACCAAAAAGAGAAGGUUGGCGGAACUGGAUCAUUUACAUGACUCAGAUGACAAGAGUGGGCUAGAGAGUUUGAAAUUCCAGAAAGAAAAAUUCAAUGGUGUUCCCUUUUCUCUACUAGAUUUGGACUCCGUUGAGAAACUGGAGCAGUCUUUGCACCUUUUAGAAAAUCUCCUUCAAGGAGUCGAUAACACUUCAGGCGCAGAACAGCACGACUUCGGAGCAAUAUCGUUGCCUUGGCCGGCGGGUUUCACCGAGAGAAAGGAAUCUUUGGAUGAUUCUGACAGGCAUAUCCGCCCUUGGUCACCCGGGUCACCUCCAUCUCCGAAAGAUGUUGCGUUGUCACCGGAACUAGCACUAGGAACAGAUCACCUCGAGAGCCCGGAGACAUCAUCGGUGUGUCUCAACAUGGACAUCAGCCUCAAAUCGUCAGUGAUCGACGUGAACAUGGAGCCGGCCUGUGUCCCCGACGUGGAAAACUUGAAAGAACAGAUUCUCGAGAAAAUGCCUGGUGCGCCGACUGCGGUCAACGACGUGUUCUGGGAGCAGUUCCUCACUGAAGCCCCUUGCGCGUCCGACUCCCAGGAAGUGGAGUCCGAAAGAAGAGAAGGUAGCGGGAGCAGGAGCCCCAUGAAGCUGGCUAAUCGCGGGAAGUUCUGGUGGAACUCGCAUCUCGGGAACGACUUUACGAAGCACGUCGGGAGCCUCGCUUCGGAAGGAAGGAGUUGAUAUUCAUCGGUUCUGUAGGAACACUGUAAACACGUUCUUUUCACCUGCAUAGGCUGCUGGGUCAUUCAUUUUCCUUAAUGGUUGUAUACAUACAGGAUCCCUAUCUCUCUUUCUAUUGAUAAAACAGCAUCUGCUGCUCGGUAUUAUUCGUUAAGAACUGCAUUCGAACGAA